AUGGAUGCAGGAAACAUAUGGUCAACAACCAAUUUUUCAAUUAAUCGAAAUAACAUGAAUUCACUAACAAAAUCAAGUUUGUAUAGUAACGAAGUUACUAAUGCUAGUGUGGUAUCAGUAUUAAAAGCCGUUAAAAACUUUAUUGAUCAGGCUCCUUCAAAACCAUUAGAUUACUCUGACCCAAACACAAAAGGUGUUCUCAAAAGGAAUAUGAAUAAUCAAGAUAGAGAGAUAGAUUGGAAAUAUUCUGUUGAAGAAAUAUCAAGCAUUAUUCGCAUGUCUGAUACUCAACCUGGAGCAAUCGCUGUUUUAUCUGUGCCGAAAUGUAACUACAGCGAAAAAUUCCGAGUAUUUGGCUCUGUUGUAGAAAAAGAACAAUCUUUUAACUUUGAUACAAGUACACCUAGGGAUGUUGUUGGGCAUAGAAACGGAGCUAUUUUAGUUAAAUGCAUUAAUGGUUACAUUUGGUUGUCUCAUUUAAAAAACAAUAAAUUGAAAUUACCUGCUUUAUUUUGGCUCAAUCAAGCAAAACAUUCAACUGCGUACAUUCCAACUCUUAAGCUCAAUUAUUCAGUCGGAGAAGAGCCGCAAACCUUUCAAGAAAUUUGGACAAAUGUGGUUGAUGGUGUUUGCUUCAUUUACUUCAAUUUUUAUAAUGGUGCAAUGGGUGUUUCUCAAUGUAAACAGCUUGAGAGGGUUUUGAAGUUAGUUGAUAGCAAUCGAUUAAUAAAAACAGUUGUUUUAAUGGGAGGUUACAACUAUUUUAGUAAUGGAAUUCAUUUAAAUGUUAUUGAUCAUGCAGAAGACUCAUUCAAUGAAUCUUGGGAAAAUAUUAAUGCUAUUAACGAUGUUGUGAAACAGAUUUUCCAAAUGUCUAAAAUAACUAUCUCGGCCUUACAAGGAAACGCUGGGGCAGGCGGUUGCAUGAUGUCUUUGGCAAGUGACUACGUUUGGUGCAGAAAGGGAGUCGUUUUAAACCCACAUUACAAGUCUAUGAAAUUAUUUGGAUCUGAAUAUCACACAUACUUUUUAAAAAAGCGUGUUGGAAUAAAAAAAUCUCAAGAACUUUUGGACUCAGCCUUGCCAAUACUUUCUUCGACAGCUUUAGAUAUUGGAAUGUUUGAUAAAGUGGAAGGAAACACAGUGGAGGAGUUUCGAGAUUUUGUUUAUAAAGAAUCUUUAUCAGUAAACUCAUUUGAAAAAAAAAAUCCUCAAAAAAUUUAUGAACAGUUAGAACAUCAUCGAAACAUUGAGCUUUCAAUGAUGAGUCUUAACUUUCGAAACGGAGAUUAUAAUGAGGCUAGAAGGAAUUUUGUUCAUCAUUAA